AUGAAAAUCAGUGAUCCUUUAUUAGAGUAACGAGAUAUAUAAACCCAAAAGGAUGACUGGCUAUACACAAGAAUUUCGAAAAUGAUUAGAUUGAUUAACAAUAAAAAAGAAUAACUCUAAAAUAAUUCAUUGUAGGAAUACUGUGUGAAAAUAACUGAUUCAAACUAUAUCCUAAGGCAUUACAAUAAGUAAAUAUAUGGAUUUACAUUGUAGUAUUGAAUCAACAAAUAUUUACAAAAAAAUGAAACAAAUUUUAGUAAAGAAUUAUUUUAUCGUUAGAUGACAAACUCUGUAUUUAUUUUCUUCCAGCAAAUCGCUGCGUCCAUUUUACAAUUAGCUAAUAUUUUGAUGUUGGAUUUGUUUACUGAUUCCUUAAAAGAGGAGAGUUAUUAUUAUGUUCUAUAUUUGAUUUUACUCCUCAUUUUUUCAUUUACUAAGUAUUUAUAAUAGUUAACUACUCUAGAACCUACUUAUCUUCAAUUCAAACUCAUCAAGUAACGCAAUUCUUAGGAAAGUUAGAUGUCUUAUGUAAUUAUGAAUUAUACAAAAAAUUGCUUGCAACCCAUUAACAUUAAAAAGAUUAAAAAAUCCCAAAUAUAAAUGUAAAUGACUUGAUAACAUAUUUAGACUUUGAUAACAAACGAUAUUGAAUAGAUUAAACAACUACAUUUUUCUUUAAAAGAGGGAACUUUAGCUUGUUGUAUGCUUAUAGGAUGCAUAUCAUUCCUAUAUUAUAAAGAUGUGCAUGCAGGCAAUGUAAUUUUAAUUGUAAUUUUUUGUGCUUAAGUUUUCAAUUUUAUUGUAACCUUUAUUAUGAUGCAAGCAUAAGAGCGAUUAUUUUAAAGGAAAGAUUAGAGAAUUAGUUUGACUACAGAUGUAUUGCAUGGUAUUAAAUAAAUUAAAUAUCUUUCCUGGGAGUAAAUAUUUAGUAACAAAUUAAUUUUCAAGAGGAAAAUGGAAUUUGAAAUGCUUGUUGUAGUCAAAAUAUUUGAUGGUCUUUUGGUUUUAUUUUGGAAUAAUAUCAAUUAUAUAUUACUUUACUUUUAUAUCCAAAAUAGCAAGGUGAAUUUGAUAGAUUUGAAUGUUUUUACAUUGAUUGCUAUUUUCAAUACCAUGAUGUAAGAAAUAGUUAAAAUAUUCUAGUUAUCCUUUAGGAAUAUUACCAUUUUGUAUCAAUUUCCUAUUCAGUGCCAUGGUAUCAAUAAAAAGAGUGAAUACUUAUUUUAACUAAGUGGAUGUACUUGAUAUAAAGGGAAAUUAAAUAUUUGGAACUAAUGAGAUUAUUUUGAAGAUAGAAGAUGGAAUAUAUAAAUUGAGUGAUGACUUUAGUUUAAAAAUUAAGAACCUAUAAAUAAAGAAACAAACUCUUAAUUUUAUAGUUGGUCCUAUUGGGUCUGGUAAGAGCACUCUCUUUAAUGUGAUAUUAAAUGAGUUAUAAGACAUGAAAGAGAAAUCAAAAUAAAUAGGAGGAACUAUUUCAUUUUGUUCUUAAAACAGUUGGAUUCAAAAUUAAACAAUUAGAUAAAAUAUCUGUUUCGGUUAAGAAUAUAAUCAAUAAUUAUUUACAAAGGUGAUUGAAUUAUGUUAAUUAAAUGAAGACAUAUAGAAAUUUGAGAAUUUUGAUCAGUAUUUAGUGGGUCCUGAUGGAAAUAACUUAAGUGGUGGCCAAAAAUAAAGAAUAGCAUUAGCAAGGGCUAUAUAUUAGAAUACAGACAUUUAUUUAUUUGAUGAUGUUUUUUCUUCUCUUGACAUACCCGUUGCAGAUGCUAUAUUUUAGAAUCUAAUUAUAAAUUAUCUAAGCAAUAAAACAGUUCUAUUCAUUACCUCCAAUCAACACUUUAUAAAUAAGAUACCAAAAAAUGCCAAUAUAAUUUUAAUGGAUCAAGGAUCAAUCAUUGAAUAAAAUAUAAAUGACUCAUCUAUAAUUAGAAAAAUGAGUAAGAAAUCUGAGGAUAUAAAUAAUGAGGAAGAAUAAGUAGCAGAUAAAAAUGAAAAUAACGAUUAAGGCUAGGAUUUAGAAGAAAGAGAGAUAGGAGAGGUAGAUACUAAAGUUUGGUUGUAUUACUUUUCUUCAAUGGCAUGGCCUUUAAUAAUAUUGUAUCUGAUUUUCAAUUUUUCAUUGUAAGGUGCUUUGUCAUAUAUUGACUUUUGGUUGAAAAAUGAACACUUUGAUGAUAACUUCUCUUCAAGAUUCACCUAACUCUUACUAUUAGCUUUAGGGGUUACAGUAUUUAGAGCAACUUUUUAUGUAUUGGUAUCACUAAAAUCAUCUUGGACUAUUUUCAGAUAAUUGAACGAUUCCAUAAUGAAAGCAAAAAUGGUAUUCUUUGAUAAAACUAAUGCUGGUAGAAUAAUCAAUAGAUUAUCAAGUGAUAUGGAAACUAUUGACGGUUUACUUCCAUGGAGUUUUGAUAUAUUUUUAGAAGCUUUAGCAAGAGGAUGUGGAUUUGUUAUUGGACUAGUUAUCCUGUUUCCUUACAUUAGUAUAGGAUUAAUUGGAGUUUUCUAUGCUUAUUAUUAUAUUGCAAAUACAUAUAUAAAAACCAAUAGGGAAUUAAAAAGAUUGAAAUAAGUUAAUCAUGCUGAACUGCUUGGAUGGAUCAAUGAAACACAGAAGGGGUUAAAAACCAUUAGAGCAUAAUAAAGAUAGACUUACUUCUCUGAUUAUUAUUUAGAAAAAUUGCAUACUUGGAAUGCAUGUGAGCAAAGCAGUUUGAGAGCUAAGUUUUGGUACUUUGUGAGACUCAAUUUAAAUUGUAAUUUAUUAUUGUUACUCUCUACUUUUAUUGUUUUAUUGAGUCCUGAUAAUUAUGCUAGUAAGUCUUUAGCUUUGACUUAUUCAAUCUUGAUUAUUGAUAACUUCAAUGAAUUAUUCAAUUUUUACUUAUAGACUGAACAAAUGAUUAUAUCUGUUGAGAGAGUUAGAUAAUACUACGAUAUCCCUUAAGAAGAUAUACAUAAGAAAAACACUAUAAUAAAGAUAAUAAAUUUCGAUGACUCAUGCGAUCUAACUGUUAAACCAAUUGUAGAUAUAGAUACUGAAAUUGAAUUUAAGGAAGUCUGUCUCUCGUAUGAUUAGACUAAUUAUCAACUAAAAUAGCUAAGCUUAAAAAUUAAGAAGAAUGAAAAAAUAGCAAUUGUAGGGAGAACUGGAUCUGGCAAAACAUCAAUAAUGAAUGUUCUUUUUUAACUCUAUCAAUAAUAAACAGGCAAUUUGUUAAUUAAGGGACAAGAUGUAUUUAUUAUUAUUCAAUUAGGCUUAAUAUUUAUCACUCUAAGAACUACGAUCCUAAUUAUCCAUAGUACCUCAGUUUGGAUUUCUUUUUGAAGGAUCUUUAUAUGAGAAUCUGGAUCCUGGAUAAACUAUAGACAAACAAUAAAUAGAUCAAUUAUUGACUCAGUUCAAUUAACUAAAACCUGAUUUGCAUAUUGAAUAAGGUGGUAACAAUUUAUCAAAUGGGGAAAAAUAAUUAAUCAACUAUUUAAGAAUCGUCUUAUAAAAUAAGUCUAUUGUCUGUUUGGAUGAAGCCACUUCAAAUAUAGACCCUUAAACUGACAAAGUAAUAAUGUAAUUGAUGAUUAGUUACUUCACGAAUAUCUGUUUAAGUUUACUGAGAAUAAAACCCUCAUUGUCAUCACUCACAGAUUGGAUCACUUAGACAAGUAUGAUAGAGUAAUAUAUUUGGAUAAAGGAAAGAUUUAAAAGAUAGAAUGA